AUGCUUCGUGGCUCCGCCGCCCUCCUCCGCCGCCUCGCCCCUCAUGUCUCGGGCGGUGGCUGCGGAAACACCACUCACCGGCGCCUCCCUGCUCCCAUCGCUUCCUUCCUCCACGCCCGCUUCUUGUCUGCCCCGACCACCUCUUCCUCGCCGUCUUCUUCGUCCUCAGCUUUCGGCCACGACGAGGAGGCGGAGGACAGAGAGCUCCCAGAGAUCUCCAAUGGUGAUGCAGGCGCUUCUCUCAGCAUCUCCGUGGACCGCUCCGGCCUCUACAACCCUCCAGAGCACUCGCACGAGCCGUCGUCGGACUCCGAGCUCGUCAAGCACAUCAAGAGCAUCAUAAAGUUUCGGAGUGGGCCAAUCAGCAUAGCCGAAUACAUGGAGGAGGUGCUGACGAACCCACAGUCAGGAUUCUAUAUCAACCGUGAUGUGUUUGGGGAAUCAGGGGAUUUCAUCACCUCGCCGGAGGUCAGCCAGAUGUUUGGAGAGAUGAUUGGCGUAUGGGCAAUGUGCCUCUUGGAGCAAAUGGGAAAACCAGCAAAGGUGAAUCUGAUCGAGCUUGGCCCGGGACGAGGAACACUCUUGGCUGAUUUACUCAGGGCCUCAGCAAAGUUUGUUGACUUCACCAAGGCACUCAGCAUUAACUUAGUCGAGUGUAGCCCUACAUUGCAAAAAAUCCAGUAUAAUACUCUGAAAUGUGAAGAUGAACCUGUUGAUGAUGGCAAGAGAACAGUUAGCAAGCUUUGUGGAGCCCCCGUUUGUUGGCAUGCCUCCCUCGAACAGGUUCCUUCAGGAUCACCAACCAUAAUCAUUGCACAUGAAUUCUAUGAUGCCUUACCGAUCCAUCAGUUUCAGAAAGCAUCACGUGGCUGGUGCGAAAAGAUGGUGGAUCUUGCAGAAGAUUCCUCGUUUCGGUUUGUUCUAUCUCCCCAUCCCACACCCUCUUUAAUUUACCUCGCCAAGCGUUGUGGUUGGGCUAGCUCUGAGGAGCUUGAGAAGAUUGAGCAUAUUGAAGUCUGCCCCAAAGCGAUGGAGCUUACUGAACAAAUUGCAGAUAGAAUUAGUUCGGAUGGCGGAGGUGCUCUUAUUAUUGACUAUGGAAAAAACGGAAUAGUAUCUGAUAGUCUCCAGGCCAUCCGUAAACACAAGUUUGUCGACAUAUUAGAUGAUCCUGGCUCUGCUGAUUUGAGUGCCUAUGUUGAUUUUGCUUCAAUCAAGCACUCUGCUGAGGAAGCUUCAGAUGACAUCUCAGUCCAUGGGCCAAUGACUCAAUCCCAGUUCUUGGGUUCUCUUGGCAUCAACUUCAGGGUAGAAGCUCUCCUGCAGAAUUGCACCGAGGAGCAGGCCGAAUCAUUGCGAACGGGCUACUGGCGACUAGUUGGAGAUGGGGAAGCCCCAUUCUGGGAAGGCCCUGAGGACCAGACACCAAUUGGAAUGGGCACCAGGUACUUGGCCAUGGCCAUUGUCAAUAAAAAGCAGGGCACGCCCAUUCCAUUCGAAUGA